AUAGCCACACCUCCCUUUCGCUAGAUCACGAUCCGAAAUGGAAACCAGUUCUAGAAAACGAGUCUUUGGACUGCAGGAGUUGCCUGGGAGACUGAAACUUGAGGGUCUUUUAUUUGGAGGAGCCGCCUCAGGAAAUUAUUUUAUGCGGACAAUCUGGCAACCCAUAGACUCCAGUUCCCCGUUGGUGUGAGGAGGUACAAUGAAGGGACGAUGGCUGCCUGCAUCAGAGUAAUAUGGAUGAGAAUGACCACCUUGACAGUCGCUAUUCAUGAUGGGUCUGUUCUCCUGAACGCUUUCUUUGCCAAAACACACUAAUCUCCCUGAUUCCUCCCAUCUGUAGACACCAAGUGUUGUGUUUGUAUCAGUUUGCUAGCUCCGUGCUAUGAUUCUAUCCACAUCAUCUCUCUUUAAUUGACCUGACCGGUGAGUAGCUGACGUUUGAUGGAUAUUCGCCGUUUUAUAACACACAUACGCUUACAAGCUCUGUGAAGAUAUCAGUCAUAACAUGGCCAUCACACAGUUUCGCCUUUUUAAAAUAUGCACCUGCUUGGCAUCUGUUCUGUCAUUCUUGAAGAGACUGAUUUGCAGGGCUGGAAGGUCACGCAAGCUAAGCGGGGAUCAGAUCACCCUUCCGACCACAGUUGAUUAUUCCUCUGCACCAAAACAGCCGGAGAUUGAAGAGUGGAGCUCAUGGGAUGAGGACGCUCCCACUAGUAUCAAAAUUGAAGGAGGUAACGGGAUAGUUCCCCCUCCACAGAAUGAAGCUGAAGAAGAAGAGCCAGACUACUUCAAAGACAUGGCUCCCACCAUCAGGAAAACCCAGAAGAUUGUCUUGAAGAAAAGGGAACCUCUGAAUUUCUCUAUGCCAGACAGCUCCUCAGGUUUCUCCAGCCGACUAGCUGCCACUCAGAACAUGUCCUUCAUCCAGCCCUCUGCGGAGCUGGGGGACCUUGACACCUGGCAGGAGGACACCAAUGCCUGGGAGGAUGAGGCAGAUGCAGCCUGGGAGGCAGAGGAAGUGCUGAGGCAGCAGAAGCUGGCUGAGAGAGAGAGACGUGCCAUGGAGCAACAGAGGAAGAAAAUAGAGAAAGAGGCACAGAGAAUGAUGAAAAAAGAGCAGAAGAUUGCUGUCAAACUUUCAUAACAUUAAUACAGCGCACUGGACACUCAAAGCAACAGCCAAACAACUGUUCAUAUUACAUUUGACCUGGUUUUGUCCUGCACACCAUACUACUGUCUUCACCUUUUUGGGAUAUCCAUCGGCCACAUUAGGGAUUUUUGUUUUGCAUUUUAUUUUUGGGGGUUUUUCUUUUUUGUAUUGGACUGAACACAGCACAAAGAAUCUUCCCUUAUGUUUAAUGAGAUGUUGUGACUGUUCUUACUGUGCACUCGAGGAAAGAUCGUGUUUUUCUGUCAGUAUUUAUAACACUUGAAUGAUUUCCAGAAAAACAUAUCAUAUUUGUUUUUUUUUUUGUUUGCCUUUUCCCCCACCUGUUUUUCUUCAUGAAAGUCUUGUGCUUGAAACACUGGACCUGAUAUUGGGUGAUAUCUCAAUAUUUCAGAAAAAUCAAAUUUAUGCAACCUUGGGUUUUCGCUCGCCACUUUCUGUUUCACUGUCUUUCUAAUCUGUUACAAUUCUGUUUACCUGAUAAUCAUGGGCUUACUUGUGAAUAAUCUUUUACGACCUUACAGUUUGAUCUUGAUUUUUCCAAAGACAGAAAUUUGAGGCAAGGAAUUCAUAUUUGUCAGUGUGAAUAGAGAGCAGAGAUAUUCAGUAUGUACUGAGGCUCAAAGAAAGCGCUUUUAAGAGACGUGGGUUGGUCGUUAUGGAAACUCUGAAAUUUUUAAAAUAUCGCAUAUUGGCAACUGAACCAUAUUUUAUCUUUAGUAAGAAAAAACAUUGACAGUUUAUUUUAAAGCAGUUUCACCAGGAGAACGGCUUGUCUUUUGCUAUUAAAACAUUUCUUAUCUCUUGAAUAUAAAUUGAUCAUGUUUAUUGAUACAACGAGGAUGAUGAUGAUGAUGAUGGUGGUGCUGAAAUAAACUUCUGCAUGCUGUGAUUAUAAAGGAACAUAAAGCCAUGAGAGCCACAGGUACAGAUAUCGAAAAUCUGAAUAAAAUCACACCUUUAGCUAUGAUUUAUGUUCCCAGCUCAUGCAUGCUCAUGCCUUUUUAAGUUGUUUUUACAAUUUUUCACAGUACGUCCUUAGCUGUAAUAAACAUUUCAGUUAUCGCUUCAA